AUGUCUGUCCAGAUUCCCGCCGGUGGCACAAUUGUGCAGACCUUCAAGAAGUCCUUCACUGAUGUCCCCAUCGGUGCCGACAAUUCCAUUGCCACCACCGAGUUCCUCGACGCUGCCGAGUCCCUCACCACCAUCUUCGAUGUUCUCGGCUCUGUAGCUUUCUCCCCCGUCAAGAAUGACUUGGGAGGCAACAUCAAGAAGCUCCGCGAUCGCCAGCUUGCUGCCCCCGCCGACUCCGAGACCAUCCAAGCUCUCGUAAAGAACGAGCUUGCCACCAAGAAGCAUGUCGCCACUGAGGGUCUUCUCUGGCUCGUUCGUGGUCUCGAGUUCACCUGCCUCGGCCUCAAGGCCAACGUCGCCAACCCCUCCGAGGAGCUCGCAGACUCCUUCCGCAACGCCUACGGCUCCACCCUCAAGCCUCACCACAGCUUCAUCGUCAAGCCCAUCUUCAGCGCCGCCAUGAGCGCCUGCCCAUACCGAAAAGACUUCUACCCCAAGCUCGGUGACGACCAGGCCAAGGUCUCCGAGGAGAUGGCGGCCUACCUUGCCGCCCUGGAGAAGGUCGUGGGCAUCCUCAAGGAGUUUGUCAACUCCAAGGAGGCCAAGUGGUAA